UCGGUGGUGUUCAGUCGGAGCUGAGGCACAGACAGGAGCGCACGGCGGAGGACGCACACACACAGACACACACACACGGAGAGAGAGAGAGAGGAGCUGCUGGAUCCGUCACUGGGGCUUUUUUAUCCACUUUGCAUGAGCGUCCCGAGGAUCUAAAGAUGUGGACCGAAGUCGGGAAGCUUGUGCUUUUCCAUUUGCUGCUCACGGAGCUCCACUGCGCUAAAGGAACUCAUACGGAGUCGGAGUGUGAAACCGGUCAGUUCCAGUGCAAGAACGGCCGCUGCAUCCCGACCCUGUGGAGAUGUGACGAUGACGACGACUGCUCGGACAACAGCGACGAGGAGAACUGUCCGAAGAAGACGUGUGCAACCACGGACUUCGCCUGCACGAACGGCCAGUGUGUCCCCGCUAGGUGGCGCUGUGACGGAGAGCCGGAGUGUGCGGACGGGUCGGACGAGGCUGAUGCAAUCUGCAGCCGACAGACCUGUCCGCCGGAGAAGUUUGAUUGCGGAGGCGCUGCCAGCAAAUGUGUUUCUUUGUCAUGGCGCUGCGAUGGAGAGAGGGACUGUGAGAACGGUGCAGACGAGGACCAGUGCGCCGCAGAUGCCAAGGCCUGCCCCUCCAAAGACUUCCAGUGCCGGAACGGAAAGUGCCUGGCGCCGAUCUUCGUGUGCGACGGCGACGACGACUGUGGCGACGCCAGCGACGAGGAGAAGUGCUCGUCGCCCUCUUGUGGUCAGCACGAGUUCCGCUGCAACGACUCGGAGUGCAUCCCGGCCCUGUGGAGCUGCGACGGGGACCCGGACUGCAAGGACAAGUCGGACGAGUCCAUGGAGCGCUGCAGCCGGCGCACGGAGCCCCAGAAGCCGCGCUGCCCCGUGGGCGAGUUCCAGUGCGGCAGCGGGGAGUGUGUCCACAUGAACUGGAAGUGUGAUGGGGACGCCGACUGCAAGGAUAAAUCCGAUGAAGCAAACUGUCCGCUGCUCACAUGUCGGCCUGAUGAGUUCCAGUGUGGAGACGGCUCUUGCAUCCACGGAACCAAGCAGUGCAACAAAGUGCACGACUGUCCGGACUACAGCGAUGAGGCAGGUUGUGUUAACGUUACAAAGUGUGACGGCGCCAAAAAGUUCCGCUGCAAGAACGGAGAGUGCAUCGACAGCAGCAAGGUGUGUGAUAACGUGAAGGACUGCAAGGACUGGUCCGACGAGCCCGUGAAGGAGUGUGGCGUGGACGAGUGUGCAGACAACAAUGGCGGCUGCUCCCACAUAUGCAGGGACCGCAGAAUCGGUCACGAGUGUGACUGUCCCUCCGGCUACAAGCUGCUGGACAAGAAGACUUGUGGAGACAUCGAUGAAUGUGAGAAUCCAGACGCCUGCAGUCAGAUCUGCAUCAACUACAAAGGAGAUUAUAAGUGUGAGUGCUACGAAGGCUACGAGAUGGACCCCGCCUCCAAGACCUGCAAGGCCGUGGGGAAGAGUCCGUACCUCAUGUUCACCAACCGCCACGAGAUCCGCCGCAUCGACCUGCUGAAGAGCGAAUACACACAAGUGGUUCCCACGCUGAAAAACGCCGUGGCCCUGGAUGUGGACGUUUCCACCAACAAGAUGUUCUGGUGUGAUUUAUAUCACCGUAAAAUAUACAGUGCUUACAUCAACAAGGCCAGUGACUCGUCGCAGCAGGUGACGCUCAUCGACUCGCUCCACUCCCCUGAGGGCCUCGCAGUCGACUGGGUCCACAAGAACAUCUACUGGACGGACUCGGGCAACAAGAGCAUCUCUGUGGCCACGGGGGACGGCAGGAAGAGGAAGGUGCUGAUAGCCACCGAGCUGAGCGAGCCGCGGGCCAUAGCCGUGGAUCCGCACCAAGGGUUUAUGUACUGGUCAGACUGGGGAGGUCAGGCCAAAAUUGAGAAGGCUGGGAUGAACGGAGUGGACCGACAGGUUUUGGUGUCCGAACACAUCGAGUGGCCCAACGGAAUCACUCUGGACUUGUCCAACAGGCGUCUGUACUGGGUGGACUCCAAGCUGCACCUGCUGUCCAGUGUGGACCUGAACGGAAACAACCGCAAGGUCCUGCUGUCGUCCCAUCAGCACCUGGGACACCCGUUCGCCCUCACUGUCUUUGAGGAUCGUAUUUACUGGACCGACGUGGAGGAUGAGGCGAUUUACAGCGCCAACCGACUGACGGGACAAGAUGUCCUCAAGGUGGCGGAGCACCUCAACAACCCCCUGGACCUCGUGGUGUUUCAUGAGCAGAGGCAGCCCAAAGCUCCCGACACCUGUAACAUGGGCAGUCUACCCAACGGGGGCUGUGAGUACCUCUGCCUGAAGGCCCCUCAGAUCACGGACCACUCCCCCAAGUACACCUGUGCCUGUCCUGAAGGAAUGGAGCUGGGGCCGGACAUGAGGCGCUGUGCUGUAGUUCGACCCCGAACGACCACGACAGCUGUUCCAACCACACCCCCGACAACAACUCCUCCCACGACCACGACAACGAGCGCCACAACAACCAGCACGACUAUCCCCACCACCACCACCACCACCACCCCCACUACAACACCCUCCACAGCUCCCCUCACCACAACAAGUACCGCCGGCACCUCCGCAGCCACCACCACGCAAAGGCCCUCCACCAGACGCCCGACGACAACAGCCUCUCCUCAGAGACCCAGAGCCACCACGACGUCCCAGGCUCGGACCCCCAGAGCCACCAGCACGGAGACGACCAGCUUCACCAGCACCAGUCAGACGUCCACCUCCACCCGCACCCCCCUGCUGGGCCCCGUGGCCCCCAACAGCAUCCAGAGAGAGAGCAACGGCAACCUCUCCCACAGAGCUGCGAGUGAUCACUACCUCAUAGGUAACAACAUCACAGUGGCUGUUCUGGGGAUAGUGAUUCCUAUCGUCCCUAUCCUUGCCACAGUGGUCAUCGGAUUGCUCUGCAGCGGCGGCGGCUACCUGGUCUGGCGCAACUGGCGGCGCAAGAACACCAAGAGCAUGAACUUCGACAACCCGGUGUACCGCAAGACCACGGAGGACGACGACGACGAGAUCCACAUCGGGAGGCACAGCGUCGUCGGCCACGUCUACCCAGCAGUGAGUGGCAGCCACAGUCAGCCGUUCAUAGCGCUGCCACUAGGCGGCGGCAUCACAGACAGCAACUCUCACUGGUACUCGGGGGCGCCGAUGCUCUCCAGCGGCAAAUGA